CCCAAAUGAAAUCAAAACUAACAUCUAUUGUUAUAUUUUAUAAUUAGUAAAAAUGAAUUGCAAAUGGUUAAAAGUGACACAGAAUGUACAAAAAGGGAUCCAGAUCCUGAACAAAUUAGAGGAUUCUAAAUUUGAACCAUUUUUAAAAAGAAUUGGAACGAAAUUAAAGUUGCAAGAAAUUGAAAUUUUCACAGAGGAGGAGAAGAAGAAAUUACAAGUAAUAUUUAAAGUUGAUGAAGACACUUUAAUGAUAGCAAUCAAAACAUUAAUAUAUUUACAUAAAAGGCUUUUAAAGUUUAUAUUUAUGCCUGUUAAUUUACAUAAAGAUCUUAUCAAUGUUGGUUUUGAGACAGAAAAGGCUGAAUAUAUUGUUAAGUUAUGGUCAUCGGAAGUAAGUUCUACAUUAAAUGAUUUAGUUUGUAACUCACUGGAUAAAGUUGGUGAUAAUCAGACGUUUUCAUGGAAAUUAAACACAGAAUUAAGUUCUGAUAUUCAGAAGAAAUCUAAGAUGCCAAAGGCAUAUUUGUCAAUAUCAAAUGAUAAAACAGAACAAGACAUGGAAUUAACUCAUUCGGAUCUGUACACAAUGUUCAUACAAUUUGAAGCAAUUCAAAAUGAAUUAGAUAGUUCAGUAUUAUAAUAAUUUUUG